AUGACGACAGCAGCAGUCUUCGGAUCCACUGGCGCAGUCGGAAGACACAUUCUCAGCACUCUGCUUGCUACCGACUCCAUCUCCUCGGUCAAGACGAUUUCACGACGCCUCCCAGCAACCCAAUCGCCUAAGCUCGAGGCCAUCCAAGAAGCAGAUUCAUCAAAAUGGAGUAGCAUGAUUGCCAAUCUCAACCACAAACCUUCGGUGGUCAUCAACGCGGUGGGCACAACUAAAGCCACAGCAGGUGGUGUUGAAAAUCAGUGGAAGAUCGAUCACGACUUAUGCAUCGAGAUCGCCAAAGCUGCAAAAGAAGCCGGCGUGACGACUUUUGUCUUCAUUUCCAGUGCCGGAACGCGUAGCUACCUCACUAGCGGCAUUCCUUAUAGCAAGAUGAAGGUUGGAGUCGAAGACGCCAUCAAGGAACUGGAUUUCGAGCAAGCCAUCAUCAUGAGGCCUGGCAUGAUCCUUGGCGAGAGAGAAGUUCCCAAAGCACCAUUCUGGGAGAAGGUGAUUGGCAACAUCCACAAGAUCAGUCCUGGCUUGCAGGAUGCCAUUGGUCAGGAUCAAGUAGUAAUCGGAAGAGCAACCGUUGCAGCGCUGCGACUUGCACAGGAGGGCAAGGCACCAUCCAAGUAUUGGGUCGUCGAAAAGCCGGACAUCUGCAAAUUCGGUCGAGACGAGUGGAAAGAGUGA